UCACGGGCCAGCUUGGCGUGGUUGGCCUGCUAAAGGCAGCACUUUUACUCGCGUGCACGGGUCGCGUUUGCUUGUGGUCUCCCGCGCCUCUGCUCCCCAGCCUCAUGGCGGGGCUGACCCUGUUUGUAGGCCGCCUUCCGCCCUCGGCCCGCAGUGAGCAGCUGGAGGAGCUGUUCAGUCAGGUGGGGCCGGUGAAGCAGUGCUUCGUGGUGACUGAGAAAGGAAGUAAGGCAUGUCGAGGCUUUGGCUAUGUCACUUUUUCUAUGCUGGAAGAUGUUCAGAAGGCCCUCAAGGAGAUCACCACCUUUGAAGGCUGUAAGAUCAAUGUGACUGUUGCCAAGAAGAAACUGAGGAAGAAGUCCAAGGAAAAGGGGGAAAAUGAAAAUUCAGAGUCCCCAAAGAAGGAGCUGAAGCCAAAAAAACCCAAAGUGGCUGAUAAGAAAGCCAGAUUAAUUAUUCGGAACCUGAGCUUUAAGUGUUCAGAAGAUGACUUGAAGACGGUAUUUGCUCAGUAUGGAGCUGUCCUAGAAGUGAACAUCCCCAGGAAGCCAGAUGGAAAGAUGCGCGGUUUUGCUUUUGUCCAGUUCAAAAACCUCCUAGAAGCAGGAAAAGCUCUCAAAAGCAUGAACAUGAAAGAGAUAAAAGGGCGGACGGUGGCUGUGGAUUGGGCUGUGGCAAAGGAUAAAUAUAAGAAUACACAGUCUGCCUCUGGACCAGGUGAGGAGAAGAGGCUUGAACCUAAACCGCAGGAAUUAGGUAAAGAGAAUGGCAGGGAAGAAGAGGAUAUGGAAGAGGAAGAGGAUGAUACAGAAGAGGAAGAAGAUGAGGAGGAGGAGGGGGAAGAGAAUGAAGAAUCAAGGGAGACCAAGCCUACACAAAUUCAAAAGAAAGCCGCCAGGAGGGCGCCAGCUGUGGAGAGCAGUGAGGAGGACCAUUCCGACGGGGACAGCGACCUGGGGGAAAGUGCUAGCAUGGACAGUGGAGAGGAGCUGCCUCCGAGUGAUGCCAGCAGCGAGCAGCAGGAUGACGAAGAUGUAAAAGUCUCAAAGAAAAAGAAGAGGAAGUUGCCCUCUGAUGUGAAUGAAGGAAAGACUGUGUUUAUCAGAAACCUGUCUUUUGACUCAGAGGAAGAAGAACUGGGGGAGCUCCUCCAGCAGUUUGGAGAUCUCAAGUAUGUCCGUAUUGUCUUACAUCCAGACACGGAGCAUUCCAAAGGUUGUGCCUUUGCCCAGUUCAUGACUCAAGAAGCAGCUCAGAAAUGCCUUAAAGCUGCUUCUCUAGAGACUGAGGGCGGUGGGCUUAAACUGGAUGGCCGACUGCUCAGAAUCGACUUGGCAGUGACCCGUGAUGAGGCUGCAAAGCUCCAGACAAAGAAGGUGAAGAAGCCAACUGGGACCCGGAACCUCUACCUGGCCCGAGAAGGCUUGAUUCGUGCUGGGACUAAGGCUGCCGAGGGUGUGAGCGCCGCUGAUAUGGCCAAGAGAGAACGGUUUGAGCUGCUGAAACAUCAGAAACUCAAGGACCAGAAUAUCUUUGUCUCCCAGACCAGGCUGUGUCUGCACAACCUCCCAAAGGCUGUGGACGACAAAGAGCUCAGAAAGCUGCUGCUGAAUGCCACUCGAGGGGAGAAAGGGGUGCGCCUCCAGGAGUGUAGGGUGAUGCGAGAUCUCAAAGGAGUGCAUGGGAAAGUUAAGGGUCAGUCCCUGGGCUACGCUUUUGCAGAGUUCCAGGAGCACGAGCACGCCCUGACAGCCCUUCGCCACAUCAACAACAAUCCAGAGAUCUUCGGGCCUCUGAAGAGACCGAUAGUGGAGUUCUCUUUGGAAGAUCGAAGGAAACUUAAAAUAAAGGAACUGAGGAUUCAGCGCAGCCUGCAAAAAGUGAAAUCCAGGCCUGCAACUGGCGAGCCGCAGCAGGAACGGCCAGUGCUUGGGAAAGAGCAGCAACGGAAAGUGGCUCAAAAUCGCACACAGGAACACAGCAAGGCCGCCCUGGAGCAGAAGGGGAAGGAGUGUUCUACUUCGUGGACAGGCUUCCAGACCAAGGCGGAAGUGGAGCAGAUGGAGCUGCCUGAUGGAAAGAAGAGAAGGAAGGUCCUGGUGCUCCCCUCCCACCGAGGCCCCAAAAUUCGGCUCCGGGACAAAGGCAAAGUGAAGUCUCUCCCUCCCAAAAAGCCAAAGCUGCAGAUAAGCCAGAAGAAGCAAGAGAAGCAGAAACUGCCUUCCAAGCAGACACCAAGGAGAAAAGCUAAGGGAAAUAAGACUGAAAUCCGCUUCAACCAGCUGGUCGAACAAUAUAAACAGAAAUUAUUGGGACCUUCUAAAGGAGCACCUCUUGCGAAGAGGAGCAAAUGGUUUGAUAGUUGAUGAUAGCAGCAGACUGGAUCAGAAGCUAAUUGUGCACUUCUUGGUAAAGCUCCCAGGUCUCCCUCAACCCCCUCAUGUUGUUCUCCGACGGGACAUUCUCCUUCCUACCCAGUCCACUGCCACUUUGUUGAGAGGCCCUCCAGGCUGUGCAUGUCUGAACUUUGGGCUCUCCCCAGCGCGUGAUUAGUGAACCACAAAGAGAAAUCUCAGAAAAACAUUUGGAUGCUUUUUGUGUGUUAUCCAGCUCACUGUAUGAAUUGUGUCUAAUUACUACCCACUCAAUCCUUUGUUUCUGAAAUGGAAAAAAUUGUAAAGAGCAUUCUAAAGGGCUGAGUUUUUCAGAUGUGUAUUUUGUGAAGUCUUUAAAUGAGAUAUUUUGUGGCUUUUUUAAAUAACAAAUUGUCAUUUCUAA